GCCGUGGGGCUGGCAGCGGGCGGCGGCGGGAGGUAGGGACGCGGGGUCCUGGGCGCCGGGUGACCCCGGGGAGAGGCCCCGGGGGCCGCGAUCCGGGCUCCAGCCAUGCCGCCCCCGGCCCCGCGCCUGCCGGGCCGCGCCGCGCCGGACCGGGAGCCCCUGCGGGUCCUCGCCGAGCCGCACCCAGGACCUCGGACCGCGCAUCCCUGACACUGGGCGCCGCCGGCGGCCCCGGAGAGUGUUCCGGGUCGGCUUGGCCGCCAUCGUGGGUGAGGGCUGCCGGACUAUGCCCUCCAAGUCGGCCUGCCCCGGGCGCUCCGAGGCGGACCCCCUGCAGCCUGAAGGCAGGAUGCCCAAGGGGCACCUGGUGGACACGGACAGGGACCUGGCCCCCGGCCCAGGCCCAGGAUCCCCGGCCGCCGACUGUCCCGGCCCCGAGAAGUCCCCAGGGGUCCCCCUGGACAUUCCAGCAAAAAUCAGCCACGAAGACCCCCAGGGGAAGGCCAAGCCCUUCGCCCCGAAGCCACCCAUGAGGCCCCGGCUGGAGCGGGCGCUGUCCCUGGAUGAGAAGGGCUGGAGGAGGCGGAGAUUUCCAAACAGCCAGGAGGACCUGGCCUCCCGCGAUGGGGCCAGCCCCUCCAGGGGCUCCUCCCCCAACGCGGUCCCCGGGCCUCCCGCCCGCCCCUACCUCCCGCCCGGCCUGAGCACCUCCUUGCAGGAGAUCCCCGCGUCCCCCAGGACUCCGGGCACCGGCGACAGGGGCCCCUCCUCCUGGGGUAACUCCCAGGACCUCCUGCACCAGGACAGGGCCUUGGCCGGGAGCAGCCCCCGCCUGGCCGGCGGGCUUCCCUCACGCCCACUACCCGCCAUGGAGUGGAGCGUGGCCUCUGACUCCCUGCGGACGGCACACAAGGUGGACGCAGACCACGCCGACUACAAGCUCCGCGUGCAGACCAGGCUGUUGCGGGCCCACAGCAGCCUGGGCCCCGGCCGGCCCCCCAGCCCCCUGGCCUCCGACGACUGUUCCCUGCGCUCGGCCAAGUCCUCCUUCAGCCUCCUAGCGCCCAUCCGAGCCAAGGAUGUCCGCAGCAGGAGCUACCUGGAGGGGAGCCUGCUGGCGAGCGGGGCCCUGAUGGGGGCGGAGGAGCUGGCCCGGUACUUCCCCGACCGCACCCUGGCCCUCUUCGUGGCCACGUGGAACAUGCAGGGCCAGAAGGAGCUGCCUGCGAACCUGGACGAGCUCCUGCUGCCCGCCGAGGCCGACUACGCCCAGGACCUGUAUGUGGUCGGGGUGCAGGAGGGCUGCUCCGACAGGCGGGAGUGGGAGACGCGCCUGCAGGAGACGCUGGGCCCGCACUACGUGAUGCUGCACUCGGCGGCCCACGGGGCGCUGCACCUGUCGGUGCUCAUUCGCAGGGACCUCAUCUGGUUCUGCUCAGAGGUGGAGAGCUCCACCGUGACCACACGCAUCGUGUCCCAGAUCAAGACCAAGGGGGCCCUGGGUGUCGGCUUCACCUUCUUCGGCACCUCCUUCCUCUUCAUCACGUCCCACUUCACCUCCGGAGACGGGAAGGUCAGCGAGAGGCUGCUGGACUACAGCAAGACCAUCCAGGGCCUCGCGCUGCCCAAGAACGUGCCGGACACCUGCCCCUACCGCUCGGACGCAGCGGACGUCACCACACGCUUCGACGGGGUCUUCUGGUUUGGCGACUUCAACUUCCGCCUGAGCGGCGGGCGUGUGUCCGUGGAGGCCAUCCUGAGGCAGGACCCGGGAGCCCGCGUGCCCGCCCUGCUGCAGCUCGACCAGCUCGCCCGGGAGAUGCAGAGAGGGUCCAUCUUCAAGGGCUUCCAGGAGGCAGACAUCCACUUCCUGCCGUCGUACAAGUUUGAUGUCGGGAGGGACUCCUACGACACCUCCUCCAAGCAGCGGACCCCGUCUUACACGGACCGGGUCAUGUACCGGAGCCGCCACCGGGGUGACAUCUGUCCGCUCACGUACUCCUCCUGCCCCGGGGUCAAGACCUCCGACCACCGCCCCGUGUACGGCCUCUUCCGCGUGAAAGUGAGGCCGGGCAGAGACAACAUCCCGCUAGCGGCUGGCAAGUUUGACCGCGAGCUGUACCUGAUCGGGAUUAAACGGCGGAUUUCCAAAGAGAUGCAGAGGCAGCAGGCCCUGAAGACACAGCACGCCAGCGCCAUCUGCACCGUGUCCUGAGGGUCUGCCCACGGGGGCAGGCACCGCCGCCGGAAUCCCUGGCGAGGAUGAGGACGUGCUGCCUGGACUGCGCAGCCUGGGGGACGCUGAGCACCCGUGGCCAGAGGCAGGCCGCCGUCCUGGCAGGAACCCAACGGGACUGGGCUGCAGCGGAGCCGGCCCUCACCUCAUCCCUGGACCAGCCCCACUGCUCGCUUCCACGUUUCCCCGCAGACACCCAGCUUCCCUCUCCGCAGGCAGAGCUCGGGCCUGAGGAUGCCCCACCAGACCUACCACCAUCUCCUGGGACUCACGCCUCUCCAGCCAGCAGCAGAGCCUCACUCGGCCAGCUCACGGCCUCUCCAGCGUCUGCAUCUCCAUCCUCCGGCCCUUUCUCUGCACACACCUGGCCUGGUACCAAGGAGGCUGCUCGGUGGGGUGACCCGGGUCCCCCAACCCCACGGCACGUGCUGGGACCAGGUUGGUCACCAGGCUGAAGCCAGACGACGUCCAGGGUGUCCAGGGAGCGAGCGUGGUCCCCACUGCUGGGCCGGGACGGGGGCGUGGCCAAUGUUUCAGGGCUGGCCCUGCCCUCCAGCCAGCGGCGGCGCCCCCACCACAGGCCUGUCAGUAGCAGCAGUGCCCUUGCCAGCCAGAGCUGCUGCUGGAAGCUUUGGCUGGCACCUCCUUGCCACUCAGGUUGGCACCACCAUGUCUGGAUUUCAAGGUGUUUAGACCGUUAUUCCUUCCCGUCUGGUUCCAUCUCUUGAAAAAGCAUAGGCUUUGAAUGUGGGGAAACCCAGGGCAUUCGGUCUAGUCUUUCCAACUAUUUAUUUUCCAUAUUUAUAUUUUUAAAUAAAUGCAUAUUUUGAGUCUUUAA